ACAACACAGCCUGCACGUAGGUGUGCGACCCUUCCACAGCGUCUACAGAUCACCAUGGCAGCUCGUACAUUAAAGAACGUCAGUGCAACCUGAUCCUUGGUAACUGCCAAUCAUGGGCAACAGUGCCUGACUAACCCCACCCACCCGUCUUAUUCCUCCAAUGUGAUUGGGUAAUGAAAAUGUCCUUCUGGCAGCAGGUAGCUUGCUGAAUGCAGGUACUGUAAAAAAAAAAAGAUACACAAGUCUGGGAAGCUGCAUAUCUAACGUAACUUCACCACUGCAAAGCUUAACCCCAUGAAGAACAUCCAGGAGAAACAGGUCGCAGGUAAAGCCUCUUGAAAUCCCAACCUCGCUACUCCUGGAAAUGGCUAACAACACAAUCACUAUAACUAGGGAGGAGUUAGAAGAACUCAGAGAAGCAUUUGACAAAGUUGAUACAGACAACAGCGGACAUGUUAAUGACUAUGAGCUCCAACAGUUGUUCAAAGAAGCAAAUCUCCCACUGCCAGGCUACCGCGUGAGAGAGAUUAUAGAGAAGAUUUUCACAGCAGCUGACAGCAACAAGGAUGGCAAAAUUGACUUUGAGGAGUUUGUAGCAUUAGCGCAGGAAAUUAAAAGUAAAGAUGUGAGUCGAUCAUUCCGAAGAUCAGUUACCAGGAAGCAAGGGAUAACAGCCUUAGGAGGGACCUCAAACAUUUCCAGCCAGGGAACACAGCAUUCAUAUUCAGAUGAAGAGAAAGUGGCUUUCGCAAACUGGAUAAAUCAAGAGCUGAUAGAUGACCCAGACUGUAAGCAUAUUCUACCCAUGGAGCCCACCAACAGCAGCCUGUUUACAUCCCUCAGGGAUGGCAUUUUACUGUGCAAAAUGAUCAACUUGUCCCAGCCAGACACUAUUGAUGAGAGGGCUAUUAACAAGACUAAACUGACACCAUUCACUAUUUCAGAAAAUAUCAAUUUGGCUCUGAAUUCCGCUUCUGCCAUUGGCUGUACAGUAGUAAAUAUAGGUGCACACGAUUUACAAGAAGGAAAAGCACACUUGGUGCUUGGGCUCCUAUGGCAGAUCAUUAAGGCUGGUUUGUUUGCUGACAUUGAAAUCUCCAAGAAUGAAGCUCUGAUUGCAUUACUAAAAGAUGGGGAAAACCUGGAAGAUUUGAUGAAACUGUCCCCUGAAGAGCUCCUGCUGCGCUGGGUGAACUACCACCUCACCAAUGCUCAGUGGCCAAAUAUAAAAAAUUUCAGCAGUGACAUAAAGGAUUCCAAAGCAUACUUCCAUUUGCUAAGACAGAUUGCCCCCAAGGAUGAUGUGUUCAUAGACUUUGCUGGGUUUAAUGAACCCAACGAUAUAAAGCGGGCCGACUACAUGCUGAACCAAGCAGACAAAGUGGGGGGCCGGCAGUUUGUCACAGCAUCCGACGUGGUUUCAGGAAACCCAAAACUGAACUUAGCUUUUGUAGCAAAUCUGUUCAACAUGUUUCCAGCUCUGCACAAAACCAGUGGGUAUGACUUUGAUUCAAUAGAAGGAGAGACAAAUGAGGAGAGAACUUUCCGGAACUGGAUGAAUUCACUUGGUGUGAGUCCCUAUGUUAACCAUUUAUACAGUGACCUGACCGAUGCUUUAGUCAUCUUCCAAUUAUACGAGCGCUCACGGGUGUCAGUUGACUGGGAUCGUGUCAACAAACCUCCAUUUCCACCUCUUGGAGCACACAUGAGAAAGAUAGAGAAUUGUAAUUAUGCCGUUGAACUGGGAAGGAACAAAGCCAGAUUCUCUUUAGUGGGUAUAGGUGGCCAUGAUCUCCAUGAAGGCAAUCGCACCCUCACUCUGGCCUUAGUGUGGCAGCUAAUGAGGAGGUAUACGCUAAAUGUGUUAUGCGAUCUUGGAGAAGGUGAAAAGAUUGAUGACAGAACUAUUAUCAAUUGGGUGAAUCAAACUCUCAAAGAUGCUAACAAGGAUACCUUAAUCACCAGCUUCAAGGAUAAGUCCAUUAGCACCAGCCUGCCUGUGCUUGAUUUAAUUGAUGCCAUUGAACCUAAAGCUGUCAAUGCAGAAAUGGUAAAAAGGAAGAAUCUUUCAGAAGAGGACAAAAUGAAAAAUGCUAAGUAUGCUGUUUCCAUUGCCAGAAAAAUCGGAGCCCGGAUAUAUGCCCUGCCUGAUGACCUAGUAGAGGUGAAACCAAAAAUGGUGAUGACAGUAUUUGCUUGUCUUAUGGGCAAGGGACUGAACAAGUUAAAAUAACGGAUACAUUCUACUCCAUGUAUUGCCAUUUGAUAGGCAGAGAGCCUUAAGAGGAACAGAACUGUCCUUUUCAUGAAUGUCAAAGCUAUGGUACAUAAAAUGUGUAUGCAAUUAUGGAAAUGGAAUAGAUUAUUUCAGCCUUCUGAAAACAUAUGUAAUAUAGAAUAAUGCUGAAUAAUCUCUGUUUAUUAUACCAUGAUUGGUUGUAACCAGAAUCUUACUACCUACACUUUUUUCACAUGGAAAUGAUGAAGGCCCAGGCAAUUGUCACAUGAC